GAAAAAUUCGCUCCGCUUUGUUGUCUGUUUAAGCACGUUGUUUUUUGUUUGUUUGGAAAUACGUUAUAAACUACAGGAACUACACGAUUGGAUGCUUAAUUGGUAAAUGAUGGAAAAUUCGGAAACCCAAGAUAAAUCCAAAGAAGUAGAUUCUGGAAAUCAGGCAGUAGGUGGAGAAGAAAAACAUGACAACCACGAUACGGAAGAGGAUGUAAAGAAACCUUGUGAUCCAGUAACAAUACUUAGCGUAGAAGUACUGUCUACUGGAACAGAAGUAGUGCCUGAAACUGAUAAUGGAACUAAACUUGGAUCAGAUGCUCAACCAAUCAAAGAGCCUGUUGAACCAUGUGCUUCUGACAAUGUUGACACCCAAACACAUGCAAAUAAUGAAGAUGUAAAUAAGGCGGUUGAUGAGACUACAAAGAAUAAUGUGGAUGAAAAUACUGUAGAAGGACUAACUGAAAAUAUGGAAGAAGAUAUUACCAAUUCAGCUAAUCACAAUGUUCCUUCUGAUGAAUCGAGUUCCAAAAUUGUCUCCGAAGUUAGUGUUACUGAAACUUCUGAAGAAACCCAAGCCGAGAAAGAACCAUCAGCCAUCGAGAAAGAACCAUCCGCUACAACAUCUACCACUGGUUUGAGUCUGUUAGCCCAAUAUGCCUCUGGUAAUGAAGAUUCCGACACAGACUCCGUUGUGGAGGUACCAUUGCCUGCGAAUCAAGACUAUCGUAAUAAAGUUGUUGAAAUUGAUUCUGAUACCGAUUCAGAUUCCAGUAGCAGUGAUUCGGAUGUUGAAUGUUUUGAAAACUUGCGUAAGAAAAUUGAAAAACGCAUGGAAGUAGACGAUGAGGACGAAGAAGAUGAGGAUGACGAAAACUCCAAAGGGGAAAACAGGCGAAAACCGAAACAGAAAAUAAGAGCCAAGGGAGAACUAUUACUGGAAGAUCUACCGCCCAUACACGAAUUACAGAUCACCGUGCCAGAAGACGAGUGCAUAGAAUUGGGAAAAAUUCAUUCAGUUGUCGAUCAGUUGGUAUUAGUAAGUGCCUUGCCAAAUUCUGUUUUAUUGGAUUUGGACACUGUGUUGUUUUUGGACAAGGGACAACGUGUUUUGGGAGAAGUAUUUGAUGUAUUGGGCCAGGUGGCAGAUCCGUUGUAUUGUGUACGUUUCAAUACCAACAAGGAUAUUAAUGAGAAAAAUAUAAAAGUUGGCGAUACAGUGUAUGUGGCCCCUAAGACACAGUACACACAAUUUAUUAUAUUAUCAAGCCUAAUGAAUGUUAAAGGAUCCGACGCUUCGUGGGAAAAUGAUAUAGAACCACCGCCAAGAUUUCUUGAUUACUCUGAUGACGAACAGGAACAAUUGGCUAGGAGGCAAUUGCGUAAUCGUAACAAACCAACCGACUGUGAUGAUCCGGAAAAGAAAGCCCGUACUAUGGAAACGGGGGAUGAGGAGGAAGAACAUUCAUCUUCUGCAUCUAGACCAAAGCAUACAAGGCAACAAAGAAACCAAAACCGUAGAGGAGAAUCAGGACAGGGAUCAAAUAAUCAAAACUCAUAUAAUCGUCCUCCCCGCCAUCAAUCUCCGUAUCACCAACAACGCCAUCAACAACAAAUGAAUCGGCCCAGCAACCAUAAUCCCAGUUCUUGGCAUUCAAAUUACUAUCCCCAACAAUACCCGGUACCACCACCAAAUUAUGGUUAUGGUGGUGGUGGCUACCCACAAAUGCCACCAGUACAAAAUUAUGCACCACCACCAAUGUAUCCAAUGGGUUACCAUGCACCUCCUCCACAGCCCCACAUGCGACCCGUUUUAAAUAAUCCCGCUGGUCCGGUUCCACCACAAAUGCAUCCUGGUGUCUUUAGUAUGCGUCCACCUACCAUGGGUAAUUUUGAUGGACACCAUCCUCCACCACCAGGCUCUCAAUAAUAUACGAACAUUAUUUCGUAAUUCUUUAGCUUUAAAAUCUUGAUCGCUUUCUAUAAAAUAUGUUUAAGAAUAUACAAAGUAAA